GUCCUGGGCAGCACAUAUUUCAUCGUCGUGCCCAUCGCCCUCCUCGACUCUGUCAACACUUCUGCCACUUACUAGAACGGCAGCAUGUCUUCCCUAUGGCGUCAGUUUAUGACUUACAACCGCUACUCCCAAAUAGCCGCCCGUGCCCUUCGUGCUGGCUUAAAAGAAGACGCACGCGUACAAGCUGAGAAGCGUGGAUUCACCGCGCUGAGGUACCAGGAGUGGGAGAAUGGCAAGGGUGGGGAACAGAUCUGGGUUGACAAGCCCCAGGACGAUGGGAGGGCAAAACCGGCUGUAUAGGCACCGUGAUGACUUGAGAACGAGACUGGUCAUCGAAACUGGUGAAAUCACCCUCGACGAUGCUGUAAUUGUCAGUGUUGGCUGCUAAAAUGCAAUUCCCCUUCGCUGGAC